UCAUGGAACGAAAGCUCCGCCGACGCUCUUCUGGGCCCCCGCUACGCGAGCACGGUGCGCAUCGUCCUCAUCAGCGUAAUGCUGGUGGUGUCGCUGAUUGGGAACCUGGCGGUUUGUUUCAAACUCUUGACGUCGAGGCGUCAUCGCUACUUCAAGGCGCAAGUCCUCUUCCUCAACCUCGCCCUGGCCGACCUUCUGGUCACAUUGGUCACGAUGAGCUCCCAGCUUGUCUGGGAGGUCAUGGGCAGACUCUGGAUAGCGGGCGACCUCUUUUGUCGUCUGUUUAAGGUCCUCCAGACAUUUAGUUUAGUGUCGUCCACUUACAUGCUGGUCAGCGUAGCCAUCGACCGUCACUUCGCCAUCGUCAAUCCCCUAUCACCGUCUCCCAAACCCAGAUCACUUGCUAUGGCGGCCUGGGUCUUGUCUCUAAUACCGUCGCUCCCCAACAUAUUCGUCUUUCGAUUGGUCACAGUGGAAAACAACAAGUACUACUGCGCCUCCUUGUUCUACAUCCACAGCCACCCGCCGAUAUCGCGCCAAGUCUACAUGGCAUUUGUGUUCUCGUCCGUGUUUAUAAUUCCGCUAUUUCUGCUGGUCGCACUGUACUCGACGAUACUCCUGGAGAUGUGGAGGCUCGGCGGAUGGGACCAGGACUCGCUCAGAAGGAACAGCGCCGGCAACACGCUUCCUAGGGCUAGGGUGCGAACCCUCAGGAUGACCAUCGUUAUCUUCGUAGCGUUCCUCGUGACGAACGUGCCGUACAUCAUUCAAGAAAUGGUGCUAGCCUUCGCCAAACACGUCUCCAUGGACCGCAAUCUGGUGGCCAUCUUUGGUGUGAUAUCCGCAAGCAACAGUGCUGUGAAUCCGUACGUGUACCUUGCUUUUAACGCGAAGCUUGGGGCACCAAAUUUAUUUCAGUGUCUUCAAACUGUGAUUAACAUUUCUUGCGAGCAAAGACGACAGAUUGUAUACAGACUUACAGUUACACUUCACGAGUCGAAUGCUUCUGAAGUACUUUGUGAAGAUUUAAGUCAUGCUAUUCUUUGA